CCGAGGCAUCUGCGCAGUGCCGUCCCUUUCCUUUCCUCUACCCUCCCAUUCAUAAAAACUCACUUCCCUCCCCCUCGGUGGUUGCAACAUCAAAUCCACAGCUCUGCGUCCACAACCGCAGUCGCCUUUUACGCACCAGCGAGUGGAGAAUAGUGCAGGAGACCCGCUUCUCCUUUCGCAUUACCUUGCCCACACAACCUGGAACACUUGGAGUUUACCUUUACUCGCCAUUUGUGGAGCUACUCACUCGCUCGGACUGGACUAUAGCCUGCGCGCAAUCAUCGUGCGCAACGAAGACAUGAAAAUUUUAUCCUGAAACCACAUUUUGCUAAAUGUUGCUUUAGAGUGAAGACGUGCGAGGCACCAGCCUACACAUGGAGUCCAGGGUUCCCCACCACAUCCCCGGAGUGUCCUCCUCCCUCAUAUCCCAGCCCCUGCUGGACAGUCGAGUGCCCUAUGGCCGCCUGCAGCACCCUCUCACCAUCUACCCCAUUGACCAAAUAAAGUCCUCGCAUGUGGAGAACGACUACAUCGACAGCCCGGCCGUCGUCUCCCAGCAGCCCCCGAGUCAGAAGUCUGCAAACCGAAGAAUCACCUGGCUUGGUCAGAACCAGGAGGCCUUCUUGGGGGCAAACCACAACCACCAUCACAAUCACCAACACCAGCACCACCAGCAGGGCAGGUGCGAGCCCCACCCUCACCAGGACACCACCACCCACCCUUGGAUUUCCUUCAGUGGGAGGCCCAGCUCUAUCAGCAGCAGCAGCAGCACCUCAUCUGAUCAGAGACUGCUGGACCACGCUGCACCCACCCCAACGGUAGACCACCACCCAAACCUGCACCCCCACCAGGGCCCAGUGAACACAAUCACUACCCGAACUCCAGGCUGCUUCACUUCUUCUGAGUCGAAAGUCCUCACCUCCUCUUCCUCUGCCUCGUCUUGCUCCUCCUCCUCUAAAUCGCUGGACCUCAAGUCUGCAAAGAUGCCCGUGGGAGGCGUGUGCACCACUGGAGGCCAGCAGGGGUUGGCGCUGAUUCCUUCCUCCCCGGCCGAGAAGAAGCACCUCCUUCUCUGCGAGCACUGCGGGAAGUGCCGAUGCACGGAGUGUACGCUCCCCCGAACCCUACCUUCUUGUUGGGUCUGCAACCAGGAGUGCCUGUGCUCUGCUCAGAGCCUGGUGGAUACAGCCACCUGCAUGUGCCUGGUCAAAGGGAUCUUCUACCACUGCACCGAGGAUGAGGACGAUGAGGGCUCCUGUGCCGACAAGCCCUGCUCGUGCUCCCAGGCCAACUGUUGCGCACGCUGGUCCUUCAUGGCUGCCCUUUCAGUUGUCCUGCCUUGCCUGGUCUGCUAUCUGCCGGCUACGGGCCUGGCCAAACUGGGACAGAAGUGUUACGACAAUGUUAGCAGGCCCGGCUGCCGCUGCAAGAACUCCCAGGGAGGCAUGAGCGCCCCUGUGUGUAAAAACGGAGGCGUGGAAGCAAAAGUUGGGACGCUAGAGAAGCAGCAGCAGGGGUCAUGAUAGUGGACCGAACUGGCUAGCAGUGGCCUCGCUAAAAACGGACAGGACCACACAGUACUUGCUUGCUCUCUAUGGAUAGGACAAUCCAACACCAACCCCUUAAACUACCCCAUUAAUCUGCUGGAAGGUGACUUAUGUAAAACAAAGGUACUUAAAUGGCUUCUUGACCUGUGUUUGAUAGGGUGGAUGAUCAAAAGGGGCCUGACCUGAGAGAGUUGGAUAGUAGGAAUAGCUAACAGGCCCCCCUGAAAUAUUUUUGUUGUUGUUGUUGUAAGAGUGACACAAGAAGAAGACGAAGAAGAGACUAGAUUGUGGGACUGGUGUUUGUGUUGUUUGCAAAGAUGGCUGAAGGCACAAAGUCAUUGUACCUCUCUGCUGCUCUGUAUUUCUCAGCUAAUUUUGUAACGGUAACUAACCAGAAGCUGGUUGCUGAUCCUCGGAUAACAGAAAAGUUAUUUGAUGGAGAUAAAUAUCUCAACGCUCCCAUCCCCUCCCACCCCCAAAAGCACAGCCCAGUGUCCUUCUGUCUGAACAAACAUGAAAACAAGUGAUUACCUAUACUGUGGCUUUAUGAUAGGCCACUGCAAGAGUGAAACUACCACUUACUCACUCACUCUCUCCACUAUUAUGAUGAUCACCAUCUUUUAGUGUCGCCAUUUUUCCUCUGUUAGCUUAAAGAUGCUAGCUUGGUAAUGCUAACAUUUUAUCUCCAAGUUUUAAUCUCCAUGGAGGAGCUGUAAAAAAUAAGAACCUUUUGAGACUUAAAAAUAUAAUCAUUUCCCAUAAUUCUCACUCUGUAUUGUGCGUAAGCAGUCAUACUGCAAAUGAGAGAGAUAAUCACUUUACAGUGUGUUUUCUAUUUUUCGGGGGGUGAAGCCCAGAGAUUCUAAAAGAUACUGAAUGCUGUUCACCAAUCACCUCAGAGGUAAUGCAUGUCAUGAACUGCAUGCUCUAGUCUAAUGGUUACCCACCGUGCUAGAAGUCGAUGUAUCGUAGAGAAAUGUGUAAAAAAAAAAAAAAAAGUACACCCAACCUUCUCAGGGACUGUUUCAGUAAUCCUCUCUAGAACUUGGCCUACAGCAUGUUGAUUUCUAAACUGCCUAAGAGCCUGGUCUACUUCCUCUUUGCACAAGACAGCAAAGAAUCAUUUAGGGGCAAAAAGGCAAUAGUGAAUAAUUUAAAACGAGUAAGCUAAGUGAGAGACAAACUGGCCAGAAAAUAAUGUUUCCAGAGGAGAGGGGAUGCAAGUGAUAGAGAGUGAAGAGGGGGGGAGAGACGGCAUAGCAAAGUUGUUGUUGUGUUCGUAUCUAGUCGAAAUCAAACCUGCCACUUGCACAACCUUUUUAGGAAGAUGCAAACCCCUUAAAGGAUGUACUAAAGCACAGUAUUAACCACCUCAGCUAUCUCACAUUACGUUUGCGUGCACUACAUUUAGUCCACAUGCCCCCCAGCCCCCCCUCUACACACAGCGUCUUCAUUAACUCUAAUCAUUAUGCUGCAUAGCUACGUUAGUCAGUCUGUCUUUUAUUCCUAAAGUCUAUUUUUGUGGCUUGCAUGAUGUUCUUAGGACUUUGCCAAAGGAAGCUAGCAUACAGUAGCUUGUCUUCGCUGUCGGAGUGAUCACAGUUGUUAUGCACUCUUGCCAAAUGGGAGUUGACAGCAGUUGGUUUCUUAAAGGCAUGCUGCCCUUUAAUACAGAUGGCCUUUUCUGUUUGGCAUAAAGGCAUACUGUCUUUGUUGCUCCAUAACACACACCUCUCUUUCAUGUCGGACCCUUAACUUCCAUUAGGGUGCCUAACUUUGCUCAUACCUGUAUUUGUCUCGUUGCACAAAGCUGAUAUCACACACACAGGAAACACAAAAAAAGGAAAGAAAAAAAACACACUGUCCUUAGUCUUGAAUGUAUGAGGCAAUAUUUUCAAAACCUAGCAAUUCAGUCUGAGAGAAAGGUGCCAAAAUUGAGAAUGAUUGUGUGACUGGGCAAAGGCCUAAUACAUGUAGGUGGGCGGCAAAAAUCACAAAUGUUUUGACAAUAUAUUUAGUAAUAGAGCUAUGCAGGUGAAAUGUUAUUUGCUGUAAAUAGUUUCACAACAUUUGUGUUCUUUAGAAGAGACUUUUAAAUGUCCUUGAAAGAUUGCAUGGUACGUUAUAACUACAAUUCAGUACAAAAUAUAUAGAGAAUAUAUUAGAUAUAUAUUUUGAGGGUAAGAUAAAGAUGUUUUCGAGGUCGUCAGAAAAAGGAGAAGAGGGAGGGCGGCGAGAGGAAGGUUCAGGAAGGGGUAACAAAAAUGAUCUUUCUAUCACUCGCACUUGAUUUAGAAAAGUGUGCCCGGCAAUAAAGAAGAAGAGAGCGAAAAAAAAAACUCCUGCUGUUUAUGCUAUCCAUGGCUCAUUAGCAGUCGAGAGGCUAAGCUAAUUCCCUGGUUCCUCUCCGAGUCCUAAAGACUGUGGACUCAUUGAAUCCACACAGGGAACACAAUCUACCCCUAUCCGGAUCAACCCAUUUCCUGCUGUUACUGCUCAGUGUCUCAGCUCUCUCCCCUCUUUUUCUCUUUCUCGCUUUUUCCCCCUUCCUCUCUUCUUCCCUCCUUCCUCCCUAAGAAAUAGUCCAACAAACACCCCUGGCCUUGAUUGACAAACACAGCUGCUGUGCAUAAACUUGUCAUACCACAGAGACGGGGGAGAAAGACAAGUCUGUCUGUCUCUCUUUCUCUCCCUUUCUCGUCUGUUUUCUCCCCUGUCUUCGUUUUUUCCUCUGGAUUUGUAGUUCUGUGCCAUCUUUUUAACCAGCGAACCUCUCUUUCCAGCUGCCUUUCUUUACUUUAAUUCCCAGCUCUGUCUUUGCACGAGUAAUUCUCCUCACUACACGUUAGCUUUAUACUUUUACAUGUGCUCCCUAGCCUGUUCAAGGUGUGGAAUAAAUCAUCCAACAACGACAACUCAAUGAUAAAAAAACUUUUUAUUCUUUUCAUUUUGUCCCCUUUUGCUACAAUGCUAUGACUUUUACACACCCGUAUCCCUUUGUGUCGCACAUUUGCAGGCACUGUUUAUUUUUAAUUGUUAUUAUUAUUAUUAUUAUUGUUAUUAAUUUAAACCCAAACAAGAGGAAAAGUCUCAUACAGCUGGGUGAUGCUACUCCAUUCCUUUAUGCCUUUGCAAUGUCAAUGUUGGGGAUUAAAGAACGAGAUCUGUGCUUUUGUUUUGUUUAGAUAUAACAAAAAGAAAAAAAAAUCUCUCAUAUAAAAGGUUCCCUUUAUAGAUAUAUUUAUUUUGAAGUUCUAUUUUAUAUAGUAUUUAUUUAGAUGCCAACUUUUUGUUUGUGAAGAAAGCUUAUGUCGAAAUGGAAUGUACAUUGACAAUGGAAAUAUAUAUUGUUAAAUAUA